AUGCAAUUUGAUGCGCUUCCACCAGAGCUCGUUGACCUUGUCCUCCAGCACGUCGAAGAUGGCCAGGACUCAUCACUGAAAGCAUGUGCGAGCGUUUCCAAGAGGCUUCGGCUAGCGGCGCAGAGGCGACUGUUUGAAUCCUUACAGAUCAUGCCGCCCGAGCGCAGGUGGCCACCGUGGACCCCAAAAGAGGCAGUCGCAGAGCUCGACGCCGUGCUGGCCUCAUCUCCGGAGCUCACCAGCUGCGUCCGCCGCCUCACACUGUCCACCGCCGCCGAUAGCGCGGGGCAAUGGGCUGUAACCGACGUGUCGGGACCCAUCGCGCGGCUAGACCGACUGCGCAUGCUCGUGAUCGCGUGUGACACGGCGUACGGACACCCUUGCCCGUGGGCGGACAUUCAUACCGCGACGAAGACUGCGCUUGCCACGCGGCUUGCGCUUGCGACUAUGCGCGAGCUGGAGUUGCGGGCCGUGCCUCUCGCAGGCCUCUGCGAGCUGCUUACACUAAUGCCGGCCCGGGACCCGGAGCUCUGCGCGCCGCUCCGCCUUGCCCGCCUGUCGAUGUCGAUGUGGGAGGGUGACAUCAUCGGGCCGCAGCUCCGCCGCCCGCCGUUCCGCAUUGUGCCCGACUCGCUCAUGCUCUACGUAACGCCCCUGAGCCCGCUGAAAGAGCGCCUGGCGGACGUCAUCGACCUCUCCGCGCUGCGCCACCUGCAAGUCCGCGUCAAGACGCCCGCGGACGAGGAGUUUGUACAGGAUACACUGCUUAGCCACACGACUCGGACACUAGCACAUCUCUGGAUCAAACUCGAGCACUUCUCGUUUGACAAAUACACCAACACGCCGCCCGCGGGCACGCUUACCCUCGAUGCGCUCCCGGCGCUGCACACGCUAGAGCUGUGCCUCGCGGUUCCGUGGGACUCGGACAUGUCAUUCCAGGUUUUGGGUGGAAGCCACACAUCCACCUGGCUGCGCAACACCCUUGCACGCAUUGCGGCGGCGUCGAGCCCGAUCCGCAGGUUGCUUCUGUGGGUCCGCGUCGAGCCAAACAUCGCGGGCGAGACAUCUAGGUCUCUAGAAAAGGUGCUCGUCGACGCAUUUGAGCCACUCGUCCCGCUUCUCCGCACCUGGGCCCACGCGCGCUUCGAGCCCGCGCUGACCGUCCGCCUGCACCUGCCAGACGACGUCGACGAGGUGGACCCUGAUAUGCGGACCGACGCCCUCGACAUCGUGCGGGAUGUCUUUGGCGAGUUAGACAACAGCAUCGUUGUAGAAGAGGAAGUGCCAUGCGCUAUGAGACGGAGAAUCUGA